AUGAUUGAGGCAGGGGAUUUGGCGAACAGUGAGAACCUAAGAAUGAAAUAUUUCCCCAGUUCUUUAACGAAGAAUGCCUUCACGUGGUUUACAACUUUGCCACCAAAUUCCAUAGAUACUUGGCCUCAUUUGGAAAGAUUGUUUCAUGAACAAUUCUACAUGGGCCAAACUAAGAUAAGUCUUAAGGAAUUAGCCAGUAUCAAAAGAAAAAUCACUGAACCUAUAGAUGAUUAUCUGAAUAGGUUCCGUUUGUUGAAAUCUAGAUGCUUUACAAUAGUGCCUAAACACAAGUUGGUCGAAAUGGCUGCUGGAGGUUUAGACUAUUCCAUCAGUAAAAAGUUAGAUACCCAGUAUCUAAGAGAUAUGGCCCAAUUAGCAGACAGGGUUCGACAAGUCGAACGCUUAAAAGCUGAAAAGGCCAGAGCUAAUAAGAAUUAUAAGAAAGAAAGGGUUGCUUAUGUCGAAUUCGAAGAUGGGGAGUUUGAAAUCUCUAAUGACCCUUAUGGUCUUGAGGAAUUCGAAGUAGAUUUGGCUGAAUUAAAAGAAGCACCACCUUAUGCCUGUAAAUUACUUACACCUUUGAAUGGCAGGAACCCUGUCGAAACUGAAAAGAAUGAUAGAUUUCCUAAAAAUACUUACACAUUUGAUGUUACCAAAUGUGACAAAAUCUUCGAUUUAUUAAUAAAAUAUGGCCAAAUGAUAGUGCCUCCUAAUACCAAAAUUCCUCCGUUAGAACAACGGAAGAAAAGAGGCUUCUGUAAAUAUCACAAUUUUUUAGGUCAUAAAACCUCACAAUGCUUUCUUUUCAGGGAUCUUAUUCAUAAUCCAAUUAAGGAUGGCCGCCCCAAGUUCGCUGACAAUGGGAAAAACCAGAUGAAGGUUGACGCUUAUCCCCUCAACAUUGCUGACACAAAUUAUGUUGAACCUGUCGAAAUCAACAUGAUUGACAUAGGGGAAGUGGAGGUUGUGAAGGCAAUAGGAACUGAAGGUUAUGCGCUAGAUGGAAAGUAG